UAAAUGCCAACAUAUGUGUAAUUUCGAAGGCUUGAAGACUGAAGCUUUAAGGUUUCUGCAGGUGUGCAUGUUUUUCAGUGCAGCAACUAAAACAUGUUUUAUUUCAUGUGUGUUGAGCACAUAUUGAUUUAAAGGUGCAGUCACACUUUAUUUUAGGGUUAAUGUCGGAAAUGAGCGCGAGACAGAGGAGAGUCUGUCACAAAACUGAACCUGUCAACUGGUUUAAUUUUCAGUCAGGAAGCGAGAGAGGCAAUGCGGAAGAUGAAAAGCCAUGUAGGCUACAAUUGUGUAAGUGAAUGCGCCGGCGCGCGCGUGUAACCGCGUCUAAGCGCGAGCCACGCCACCACCACAGAGGGGUUCCCCUUUCCAACAGUGCGCACAGAGCACAGAGGCUGACAGAGGCUUUUUAUGUGUGAAAACUCGGACAACAAACAACGAGGAAGUACCGCAGGGGACCGACUGAACACCUAAACUCACUCUGAACUUUCUGAAAGUGAAAUUACCAGAUUUGGAAGAUUAAAGAGAUCCGUCUUUGCGCCUCUCCUCGUGCGCUCUCACGACGGAUUCAGCUCUCCAAUGCCCAAAGAGUGCAGGAGAAAGACCUCCAAAGACUUCGGACUCUCUGGGACUGGAAUAAACGACGGGGCCCGUCCAGAGAGGAGAACAGCCGGAGUGAAAGCAUCCCAAAUCUGCGAUGAUCUCAUUCAGAAAGCCGCUCAAAUCGCCCCGUCGUCCGCAACCGGAGCGCCGACUGUGAUGGAUGCGCGCCGGGUACCGCAGGUCACCAUCACCCCGGAGGGAGGCGGCUCCUCCCGGGAGAUGCAGCAGGAGGAUUGGGAUGAUGCUGUGGACGGUACCCUGCGCAGGAAACUGUCCAACUCCUCCAUCUCCUCCACGGGCUCCUCUGCUGUGGAGUCCGAGGAUGAUUUACUGAGCGACAACGAGAGCAAAAGCAAAGGCAUCAUCACUUUGGAGCAUCUGGUGGACACUGGAGAGAGUAAGCCAUGGUGGAAGUUGAAGACGAUCGUCCACUGGCCCUUCAGCGCUACACAGAGGAGAAAACUGAACUGGGUUCAGCUGGCCGGGCAUAAAGGUAACUUCAAAGCAGCAGAUGAGGGAAACAUCCUGAAGAAGUUCUCAGAAAACGAGAUGCGGUGCUUUGAGAAGCUGAGGGAUGAUGCACUGCUCCCAUUCGUGCCCGGUUACCACGGCACCGUGGAGAAAGACGGAGAGUCUUUCCUUCAUAUGACUGACCUGCUGGCGAGCUUUGAACUUCCCAAUGUCAUGGACUGCAAGAUGGGAGUGAGGACAUACCUGGAGGAGGAGCUUGUUCGGGCGCGGGAGCGGCCCAAGCCGAGGGAAGACCUGUAUAAGAAAAUGGUGGAGGUGGACAGCGAAGGGCCGACUCCCCAGGAGCAUUCCCAACGAGGGGUCACCAAGCCUCGCUACAUGCAGUGGAGGGAGACCAUGAGCUCCACCCACACCCUGGGCUUCAGGAUAGAAGGGAUCAAGAAAUGUGACGGUACGUGUCGGACUGACUUCAAGAAAACCAGAUCGAAGCAGGAUGUCAUCCAGGUGUUCAAGGACUUUGUCGAAGGGAACGUCAGCAUCAUAAAGUCCUACCUGAGCAGACUGAUGGAGAUCCGGCAGGCCCUGAAGAUGUCCGAGUUCUUCAAGCAGCACGAGGUCAUUGGCAGCUCUCUCCUCUUUAUCCACGACCACACGAGCAACGCACAGGUCUGGAUCAUUGACUUUGGCAAGACCACAGCGCUACCAGAGGGCCAAACAUUAAAACAUGACAUUCCCUGGCAGGAAGGCAACCGAGAAGACGGAUACCUGUGGGGGCUGGAGAACCUCAUUCACACUCUGGAGUCUGUGAGCGAUGAAGGGACGAGCGGAGAAAUGUUUUGCUCUGUGACCAAAGAAAACAGCCAAACUACAGAAACAGAUGGUCAGUGACCUUUGACCUGUAGGUGGGUGAGAGGAAGUCAAACUAUUUUUAAUGGACACCACAGAGAGAGCCUGAGGGGGGUUUCAGAUAUGUUGUUUUGGGUGCUGGAUGAUGAUAAAUGUUGAAAAGAUUGCAGAGAUGAGACAAUAAAGAACAUUUCAAAGAUGAGCCUUAUAAACGCCACUGACAGAAAAUACUCGCUGGACACUGAGCAGAGAGGAGCAGAGGAUUUGUCACUAGUUACUCAACGGUUGAGCAAAUGAAUUGACACUAAUUCAACUUCCUGCAAAAUGAACAGAAGUGAAAGUGUAUGGAUUCUGCAUUUCAGUUUCAGGGACAGGGUGUUACGCAUGACGGAAAUGCUCAUGAAACACGAAUCAAAACAAAGUGAGCAAUCACAAGUCCUCAGUUCUCCUUGUUACCAUGAUACCCUCAGCCCUGAUGUUACAUCUCUGCCCAGCUGCCAGGAGAAAGUGUUGGCAAUGUACGUUCAUGCAAACCAAGAUAUAUUACAUUUGUAGGUUUUAUGCGUAUCAUAUUGAUGUGGGUGGAUUAUGAGACAAUGGGCCUCUGGGCACAGAUAUGCAAAGGGCCCCACCACCUACCCUAAACAGGAAACACAGACUUUGUGUCUAUUUGAAGUUGUUACGUGUCUUUUUGUGUCUCUUUGUGGUCAUUCUGAGUCUUCUUCUGGUUGUUUUGUCUUUUUGUAGUUGUUUGGGCUCUUUGAGGUAAUAUGGUGUCUUAAUGAUGUAAUUUUGUGUCUUUUUUGGUCAUUUCUUGUCUCUUUGUGGUUGUUUCGUCCAUUUCUGUAGUUAUUUUGUGUUUCUUUGCAUCUCUUUUUGGUCUUUUUGUUGUGCUCAUUUUGAGUCUCUUCUUGGUCAGUAUGUGUUAAUUUGAGUGACAUUUUGCAAGUGAAGGUCACAGGGCCCCGGUAUGGUACCUUUGGAACCAAAAGUAGCCCUUCAGACCUAGACCCUAGCGUUUCCACCAUUAACAGUACUCUUAAAUGUGGGCGAGGUUGUUGUCACUCACUGCUCCAACAAGCACUUACUGUAUUUCCUUAUAGAUUGAAGUCUGCACCUCCUUUAUCGUCCACAGAACGAGGUUGAACGUCAGCAUAUUCAGAACAAAAUACAACCAGCUGCAGUGAGAGUCUCUCUCUCCAUGGGAUAUUUAAAAAUAGUAGGUUUGUGCAUUUAGUCCUUCUCAGGCCUGAGCCCACAGGAACAAUGCUCUACGAUGCUUUUUUUUUCUCCAAGUGAAGAUCCACUCAUUACUAAAACUCUGUGUCAACUAAUGGAAUGGUCAAAGUUUUCAUAUUGAAAUUUAAGGUGUGUUGAUUGAUUCCCGUCGUCAACUCAUGCAUUGAGUAACAUUACAAGAAAAGGUUCCACCUUAAAAGUCGCCAGCAGUCGGCCCAGUGAAUCAAGUUAAUUUUUCUCAGACUACAGUGGCUGUAAGGAGAGCAAAACAUCCUUUAUUUUUAUAGUUAUAGUUUACUAAAGUAAAACUUGCCAUGGUAUGAACAGUGGUCACAAAACCAGCCAAAACUCAACUGUGAGCAGAGUGACCGUUUACUGUUGACCAAUGCAUGCAGUGUUCACAGCUCCACCUUUUAGUACCAGAUCUGUGUGCUAGGUACCCCAACAGAGGGGGGACCAAAAUGGGGAUCCAUUGGUACCAUCCACAACAUUUCACAGUGGAAACGGAAAAAAAGCACACCAAAAUGAACUGUACCGUACCAUACAGUACUUCUGGGCAGAAACAGGGCUCUUGUGAUUGUUCUGUCUUUUUGUAGAUGUUUGGGUUCUUAGAGGCAAUUUUGUGUAUUUUUUGGGCCAUUUUGUUUUUGCUUUGUAGUCAUUUUGUAUAUCCUUGUAGUUGUUUUUUGUCUCUGUAGUAAUUUUCUGUCUCUUUGCAGUUCCUUUUGGUCUUUUUGUGCUCAUUUUGAGUUUCUUCUUGGUCGGUGUGUGUAAAUUUGAGUAACAUUUUGCAAGUGAAGGCCAGGGCCUCCCUGACACUUGGGGCCCCUGGGCCUGGGUCCAGUAGGCCUGUUUAGUAAUCCAUUCAUACAUAUCAAUGGCAUUUGACCAAGGUGAGAUGGCUGCCAAGCUGCAGACCACUGUUUGAGACCGACAAACAACAAAACUGAUUGUUUUUAGAGACACUGCGACACUUCCACACCAAAACCAGACAUUUUAAGCCCAAACAUGACCACACAUUAAUUAACCACAAGGCUGUUGAAAUGUAAACAAACUCGUGGUUUGCAGAAACGUACAAUGCCAACAUUUCCUCUGGCGACUGGGCGUCACAUCUGUAAGUGUUAUAUUAAAGGAGAGAUUCUGUGCAGUAUGAAACUCACAGUCAUAUGACUACAACACAUAACACACUGUCAAUAUGUUACUGCAUACUGUGUAAUGAUCAGAGUGCAUUACCUGUGUCACUGUUCUGACAAACUCUUGUUUAUUGUAUAUCGAUUUAUAUUUCUUUCACUGAUUUUAUUCUUUUAAUCAAACUUGUAAUUAUUUUCAUUUCUUUGUCACAGCACAUUUCUUGGUUUUUGGUCAGAGAUGUGCAAAUGAGUGAAACUGUAUAUGGAAUUAAAAAGGGCAAAUACUGUUAUUUUUUAACAGUAAAAACA